AUGCCGACACUCACCCGCACAGGAAAGCGCAAGGCCACGGACGAACCGAGUACCCCAGAUUCCAAGCAAAGGGUCAAAAGGGCUAGGACCGAGUCUCCGGAUUCCCAAAUCAAGCCCCAGCUGAAAAUCGUACCGUUUGCGGAGAAGCCCGCAGUGUUGGAAGAAAGACGAGGCGAUAUAGAAUUCCGAGUUGUUAACAAUGACGGAACCAGAGAGAGCUUCAUUAUCCUCACGGGCCUCAAAUGUAUAUUCCAAAAGCAACUUCCGAAAAUGCCGAAGGAUUAUAUCGCGCGACUGGUAUAUGACAGAACGCAUUUAUCGAUUGCUAUAAUAAAACACCCUUUGGAGGUAGUCGGGGGAAUCACAUAUCGACCGUUCAGAGGAAGAGCCUUCGCGGAAAUUGUAUUUUGCGCCAUAUCUUCUGAUCAGCAGGUAAAAGGUUAUGGUGCUCAUUUGAUGUCGCAUUUAAAGGAUUAUGUGAAAGCUACCUCUGAUGUGAUGCACUUCCUCACAUAUGCCGACAACUAUGCCAUUGGAUAUUUCAAAAAGCAAGGAUUCACGAAGGAAAUCAACCUCGAUAAGGCAAUCUGGAUGGGCUAUAUCAAGGAUUACGAAGGGGGAACCAUCAUGCAGUGUACUAUGAUUCCGAAGAUCCGGUACCUCGAAUCUGGACGCAUGAUUUUAAAACAAAAAGAAGCUGUACACGCCAAAAUCCGUGCGUUUAGCAAGUCCUAUAUUGUCCAUGCACCACCAAAGGAAUGGAGAAACGGGAUCUGCGAAAUUGAUCCGCUCAGCAUCCCAGCUAUCAAAGAGUCUGGAUGGUCUCCUGACAUGGAUGAACUAGCCCGCCAGCCGCGCCACGGACCUAAUUACAAUCAACUUUUGCACCUGCUAAAUGACAUGCAAAACCACAGUGCAGCAUGGCCUUUUGCACAGCCAGUGAAUCGGGAUGAAGUUCCUGACUAUUAUGAGGUAAUAAAGGAGCCGAUGGACCUGUCAACGAUGGAGGAAAAGCAUGAGAAGGAUCUCUACCCGACUCCGCAAGAUUUCAUCAAGGAUGCGAUGCUCAUUUUCGAUAACUGCCGGCGGUAUAACGACGAGAGUACGUCCUACGCUAAAAGCGCGAACAAGCUGGAGAAAUUUAUGUGGCAGCAGAUUAAGGCUAUCCCAGAGUGGUCAGUAAGUGCGCUCUAUCAACUAAGGGCGUUUCGUAUUCCGCUGACGCAAUCCGAUUUGUUAGCAUUUGGCGGAUGGCCAUUGACUGAGCCUGGGCGCCAUAUAAGGAAUGACAUGGCGAUUGUUUAA